UCGCAUCGUUCGUCCUGAAACAGACCUAGUACACUACGCUGUAUGAUUACUCCGUUCCGUUGGCACCUCUGCAAAACCCACUUGUUAAAUUGCAAUCCCCUUUCAAAAGGGUGUUCCAAUUUGGUUUCAAGUUUUUAUCUUUAAACAUGUCUCACCUUCUAUCUGCUGCUACUACUUUUUCUCGUUUCCAACUCUUGACCCUCAACAACACAUUCACAACCCAACCUCCCUUUCUCGGAUUCAAGGGUACAUCAUGUUUUUUUGAGAAGCACAGUUGCUGCUUGAGUGUUAAACCAUUUUGUGCAUCCCAGAAGAGAGGGGCCAAUAUCUUCUGUUCUAUGAAUAUGUCAGCACAGCAAUCAGAUGAUCAUGGGAAAAUGAAGCUGGACCAAUUAAUAGACAAAGUGCAAAAGCUUUGGGACAGUUCUCCUGAGCCGGUGAAGAAAUUCCCGCAUAACAAGGCUUUAGACAACUUCAUUCAACUUAUUCUUGAUCUUAUUUUGGUUGUUGUCAAAUACCUAGCUGUACCUGUAUUCGCAGUUACCUCCCUCAGUGAAAUGUCGUACUGUGCACAUGAAAGGAAGCUAGUCUUUGUUCCUCUUCCGGUUCUCUUUGGAGUUGCUGUGGCUGGGAUCCUUAAAGAGACUGCCCUUCAGUUAUCUCCACGUCUAAGGGAUUCAGAAGUUCCAUGGCAUUUAAUUGCCAUUGCAAUUUUCUUCACAUUGAUCAAAUUGCCUGGACCAUAUUACCCUUACUGGGUACGUAUAAUAAUUCCUCAUUUUGCAAAUGGGGUUCUGUUGAGGACUCUAUUGUUUGCAAUAUUGUGGUAUAGAAGACCUAAAGCAUUGAAGAUGUUGGGUUCUAGUUAGUUAACUCACUGAGUUAUGAUACUUGUUGCCUGCAAAGUCAGUUUCAGUUGAGACCAAGUUUUUACUCGUGAAGAUUUUAAUGGAGUUAAGCAACCCGUUGAGAUUUUGAUUGAAUUUGGAUUUCACUUUGUUGAGAAAAUAGUUUGUCUUGCGAAUAUGUGGUUGUGAUGAAUGGUGGGGGUAGAUAAAGUAUCGAGAAAUAGAUGUCAAUGGUGACUUUGCUUGUUGUACAAGAGAAAAAUUUCAUCUUAUAUUAUAUCAUGUUCGACUUUCUGUUUGGAGUGACAUAAAAUGUUGGUCCAGAACCUUUAGAGCAUCAUUUCACCAUUAAAUUUUAUGUAUAGCAUAAAUCUAUGGUGAAGUAGUCGGUA